AAGGGUUUUCUGCUGAAAUGGCUGAGUCUACAAAACUUGCAAGCUUUCGGGUUACAAAAUUCCACAAGAUUUAGCUCUCGGCUAUCCCCGCUUAUGGGCACCCAACUUCUCGUCCCACAGCCUCUCGCAUUCCACUGCUUCUGAGCGGGAUCCGCCUACAAUAGGCGACUGACAAUGGCGCUCUGUUGUCAAUAUACAUUUCGCCCUCAUUGUGGCCCCCGUGCUUUCAUCCAUCAGUCAUAGAGGAUGUGGUCUAUUUGAAGUCUUAAGGGCCUCCUAACUAGCACGCAGAUGGAAACUAUAGAUCAGAAAACUGACGACGGGCGUCAAACUGAUUUGACCACGCUGGUUAACCACAUAGAGAGGCGAAGGAGGAAGAACCAGGGGCCUUAAACAUGGAGGGCGGAAACUUGGGUAGCGAUGCACUGCUCCACAGAUCUAUCCUCCGAAGAGCUUGUCCCAACGACUUGCAAUGGAUGCCUGGCGUUCGCUCUGAGGUGCAUUUGGCAAAGUUCGAUCAGAUACUCCAAUUGCAGCUCAGCCGCUUCAGCGUAAAGAGGGCCCUUACAAAUGGAAACAUCCCAUUUACGCAUUUUCUUGCAACGGGAAGCCUUUCCACUUUUAAUGGUUGUCCUUUCACCACGAAGUCGACACGAAAACAGCCAAGUUGUUGGUAGUGAUUAUUCUAGUGUCGCAAGGAAUUCUCAUUUCUUUUUGGGAGAGGGGGUUGAUUCAGGCCUAUCAGAACUCAAGCUUUUCACACCCCAUGUCAGCAGUGACUGUCGAGAGCAUUGAUGGGGACACCAACUUCCUCAGGAAACGAGUUGAUGCCUCUUCU